AUGCCGCCGGUCUCCGGACAGCUUGCCACCUAUCUUAUCGACCGGAACGCUGCCUCCAAUUCUUCAACGCUCGGCCAACCUCAACCGCUGCAGGUGAUUUGCGCUUGGCCAGUUUCGGGCCAGUACGGACCGGGCUCCAGAGUACUGUACUACGUCCUGGUCGCGGCUUGUCUUCUCGCGCGGAAAACAGAAUGGCUCCGGAAGGCCUGCCUGGCCGCUGCCUUGAUCCUUCCAGCCGUUGCCGCCAUUCACGGUAUCGUCCUUGCGGCAUUGCAUGUCGACGAUGCGGUUGAUUUAGACGUUUAUGGGAGUUUUCAAGUGUCGGUGGUCGCUAUCCUGACUGCCCCUCUAACAGUGAGGAUAUCGAGUACCUACUUCAACAACCCUGGCAGAAACACCAUUUUUCUUUGGACUUGUCUCGUGCUUGCUGGGUUGAUUGCUCUGACUGUCGAAUUCUUCCGGCUGAAGUCCCAACCAUGUAUAGACAACGGCUCUGGUCUGGCCGUUUACCUCAAGUCUGAGUUUAUAUACGGCCGUACUAUGUGCGGUCUGAAGUGUUCAGUUGACAAAGGCCCAUAUUCGCCGAUGCGACGUGGCUCCGCCGAUGACAUUUACGUCGUUCCCGCCCCUGAAGUGCUUACUUUCGGCGCGGCCACGCUCCUCUCAGCCGCGUGCUGUGUCCCAGCUAUCCUUCAUAUGGUUUCAACAUGGGAUAAGAUUCUCAAGAACAACUGGAAGGAGCGCUUUGGCGAUCCAGACACCGAUGGGCUCGAGGGCGCCAACGGCGCUACUAUGAAGGGCGUUAAUAGCAAAAUUCGGGAGUUCCUUAGUGUUGUGGAGGUUCCAGUGUUUGCCGGGGCCGUUAUCGCCAUCAUUAUCUUCGGUGAAAGGAACUUCUUUAGCGGCCCGCUCGACUACCAGACAGAACCUAUACAAAACGUAGGCCAGUGGGCUCCCAUAGUUGGAACAGGUUUUGCCGCUAUUGGAUCCCUUUACAUGCUCCUAGCCGAACGCCACGCGGCAAAGACCAUUCCCGAUCAUUGUUCGCACAAUUGCGAUUCCUCGAUUCGCGGACGCAGCAGAAGUCGUGGGGAUUCCCACAGCGAUGUACCGGAGGCCGUGGAGCUCCCACGAGCAGCAGUGAUAGCGCCGGCCAAGCUUCCCAGUCGGAUCACAUCAUCCAGCCGUGAUCUUGCUCCAAGCCGCACCUUCUCACGUUCGGGUCAUAACGCGGUCUAUGAGGACGAGCUACAGCAUGGGCUCGGAAUUCUCCACGUGACGGACUCCCACCCGGACGGCACAGGGAAACGUGCAGAGGUAAGAAGGAUGUUGAGCAAUAUUGCUCACCAGCUAGGCACUGCGGCACCUGACCGGCAUGACGAUCACGACUUCCGAAGCGGCAAAGCCACCGGCUUCCCAGUAGUGCCUGGGGAGGAAUCCCGAAAUCCCGACUUGGUUCGGAUCAGGGAGGAAUGGGGCCAUACAGACGCAGACGAUGACGGCGCCAUAACCCCGCGGGGUAGGCGUUCAAGGGCUGGCAGCUUCAAUGGCAGUGUGUCUGGUGCCGCAGGCGUGACCAGAUCCCUUUCAGCGACACGGAGAGCACAAUCACCACCGCAUUCAGGAAAGGCAUUACGUCCUGCCAGUUCGACAUUGCUUGCACUACCGGCUAGCAGUCCCGGUGGCAGCCACGAAUUGACGCCUAGCCCAAUUGUUGCCACCCCUCCCUCACCCGAAGCGAGCAGGCCAAAACCACUAACUAGGGUGGUCACUCUCCACAGUGGGCAAGAUUCGCCGUCCAUUGUUGUAUCGUCGGAGGCAGAGGCCAAUGAUCCAUCCGAUUCGGAACCUGCAUCUCCGCUUGUUUCAAUCAGUGACCCGCCUUGA